UAUGUUGUUGUGGGUUUUAAUUUUGGAUAUUUCUGGGUUAGGUUAAAGGGUUGUGCUGAAAACAAUUAGUGGCAUCUUGUGGUGUUUUAUUUUGGGGGCAGAGAGGAAGGGGUUGACCUAAGCUUCUGCUCUGUAAAUUAGGAUUCUUUGUUUUGGUUGGGGUUUUUUUUUGGCUGGACUAGUUUAGUAGGGCUUUGGGGUUUCAGAUUUGGGUUUAUUUGGAAGUGGGUGUACUUUAAUGGAGUUGUUGAGGUUUUCUCAAACAUUCAGAACUGGGUACUGGAGGAACUGAGUUUGGUCUGUUAUAUCUACAGGUAACGGUUCAGUUCUGGCAGAGAUUUAGUGGGUUGUUGCAGCUUUUUGGAGGGAGUUAGUGAAGAAACGCUGCAUUGUUGUUCUGCGGUUUCAAGCCUCAGAAAGACUUGGUUUUCUGAGGCAUUGGUGAAGGGUUCUUCAGCUUUUUCUUCAGGCUGGUUUUUGGCUUCAAGCAAAUAGGUUUCUGGGUUUCUGUUUCUGCAACUGCUCUGGUUUGGGCAUUUAGUGGUGUGAAUUUGAGUUCUCAGCUUAAAUUCAAGGUAGCUGAUUAGCUUAGCUGCCUUGGAACUUUGUUGUUGAAGUUGGAUACCGAUAGGUUGGGAGCCAAUGGCUUGCGUGAAACUGGGAUCUAAAAGUGAUGCGUUCCAUAGACAAGGACAGGCCUGGUUUUGCACCACUGGGCUUCCUAGUGAUGUUGUUGUCGAAGUUGGAGAAAUGGCAUUCCAUCUUCAUAAGUUUCCUUUGCUCUCAAGAAGUGGGGUCAUGGAAAGAUUGAUUUCAGAAGCAUCUGACGACGGAGAAGAAGCAUGCAAUAUAAACCUCCCUGAUAUUCCUGGUGGGGCUAAAACAUUCGAAUUGGUAGCCAAAUUCUGCUAUGGUGUGAAACUUGAACUGACUGCUUCAAAUGUUGUAUACCUCCGUUGUGCUGCCGAGCACCUUGAAAUGACGGAAGAGUAUGGGGAAGGCAAUUUGAUCACCCACACCGAGACCUUUCUAAAUCAUGUAGUUCUUCGAAAUUGGAAAGAUUCUCUAAAGGCACUACAAACAUGUGAUGAUAUUCUCCCUUAUGCUGAAGAACUUAACAUUACAAAACGAUGCAUUGAGUCUCUAGCCACAAAAGCAUCUACUGAUCCUAAUUUGUUUGGGUGGCCUGUUAAGGAGCAUGGAGGCCCCAUGCAAAGUCCUGGGGGGAGUGUCCUGUGGAAUGGGAUAAGUACAGGGGCAAGACCCAAAAAGUCGAGUUCAGACUGGUGGUAUGAGGAUGUGGCGACCUUAAGCUUGCCACUAUAUCAGAGAUUGAUUUCUGUUAUGGAAUCUCGUAGCAUCAGGAAAGAGAUUAUUGCAGGGUCAAUCACUUGUUAUGCUAAAAAGUAUCUUCCUGGGCUUAGUCGGCGUCAAGGAACUAGUGAGUCUAGUACACGUCUUGCACCAGCAUCUUUGGGCUCCCCGCCAUCUGAAGAAGACCAGAAGCUCUUACUUGAAGAAGUGGAUCGGCUACUUCCAUUGCAAAAGGGUCUGGUCCCAACCAGAUUCCUGUUUGGUCUACUUCGGACAGCCAUGAUACUUCGAGCCAACCCAUCCUGCAUCUCGAAUUUUGAGAAAAGGAUUGGUAUGCAGUUUGAUCAAGCUACUCUGGAAGAUCUUUUGAUGCCGAACUUCUCUUAUUCCAUGGAGACACUCUACAAUGUCGAUUGUGUACAACGGAUACUAGACCACUUCCUUACCGUGGAACAGAUUGCAGGUGGGGCGUCACCAGGUUCAAUUGAGGAUGGCCAGCUGAUUGGGUCACCUUCAUUGACACCAGUGACGAUGGUUGCCAAACUCAUUGAUGGAUAUCUUGCAGAAGUUGCUCCUGAUGUUAAUUUGAAGCUCCCCAAAUUUCAAGCUUUGGCUGCUGCUGUUCCUGAAUAUGCUAGACACUUGGAUGAUGGUCUCUAUCGAGCUAUAGAUAUAUAUUUAAAGUCACACCCAUGGUUGGCUGAGGCCGACAGGGAACAACUCUGCAGGUUGAUGGACUGCCAGAAGCUUUCCUUGGAAGCUUGCACUCAUGCUGCCCAGAAUGAGAGGCUACCAUUAAGAAUAAUUGUUCAAGUUCUCUUCUUUGAGCAGCUUCAACUUCGAUCUUCAAUUGCCGGCUGCUUUCUGGUUUCUGACAAUCUUGAUGGAUCAAGGCAGUUAAGAAAUGGCUUCUCUGGCUUUUCGGGAUCUAACGAGGGUGGAGGGUGGGCGACCACUGUGAGGGAGAAUCAGGUUUUGAAGGUCGGGAUGGAUAGUAUGAGGAUGCGUGUAUCCGAGCUUGAGAAGGAGUGUUCUAACAUGAGACAGGAGAUUGAGAAGUUAGGUAAGGUAAAAGGUUCUAGCACAUGGGGAAAUGUAUCGAAGAAGUUUGGGUUCAAGAUCAAGUCCCAGAUGUGCAGUGCUCAAGAGGGAUCAGUUAGCAAACAGCUCGACGGAAAUGAGAAAGCUGAGAAAUUAAAGGAGAGGCGUGGAAAACACAAGAAAGCCUCUGUAAAAGAUGAAUGAAGCCUUCUGUUUUUACCUUCCUUUUAACUCUUUGAUUUCAGCUCAGAGACCAAAUCCCACUUCUGAUUCUUUGUGGUAUACCUAUUUAGCUGUAUCAUUAUCAUCUUAAUUAUUAUGUAGUGGAGCUGGAAAACAAGUUCUAUCUGUAAUUGGUUUAUUGUUAUUGUAGCAAUUUCUUCUUCA